AUGCUUGUCGAAAACCCCCAGCAAACGACUAACGAGGCUGAAAGCCAGUCAAUGGCAAGCAGCAGCCCCGAGGAUGCCUUCGUCAGGGCUUUAGGAAAGGAGCCUCCAAAAGCCUUUACCAAAAUAGGGUCCAAGCUCUACGCUGCCUCCCUUAUCGGGUGCUUCUGUGCCACAAUGGACGGGUACAAUGGCUCUUUGAUCAACAAUCUGCUAGCGAACAAAAAUUUCCUGGAUUGCUAUGGUGGUUCGAAUUCCGGGCUUUGGUCUGGCCUUGUUACGGCCAUGUACCAGAUCGGGGCCGUUGCUGCUUUCCCCUUCGUCGGGCCAGCUGUUGAUACUUGGGGCCGCAGAGCUGGAAUGGUAAUCGCUUCCAUAUUGACCGCGGGGACCAAUAUUCAGUCCUUCAUGGGCGGAUCGUUUUUGCUGGGGUUUGGGAUAUCAAUUGCGGUUACUGCCGGGCCAACGUAUGUGGUGGAAAUCUCUCAUCCGCCAUAUCGGGGAGUGGUAACUGCAAUUUACCACACUUUUUGGUUCACUGGUUCGAUUAUCGCGGCCGGUGCGCCGAGAGGUGCACUUGAUAUUGGCGGUAACGGAUCUUGGAGGAUCAUAAUUUGGCUGCAAGUACUCCUUGCAGGCAUCAUCGUCGUCGUUGCACUGUUUCUACCAGAAUCACCUCGUUGGCUCUAUGUCAAUGGCAAACAAACCGCAGCCACCGAGAUGUUGAUCAAGUUCCACGGGGAUGGAAAUCCAGACUCAGAGUGGGUUAAACUGCAGCUUAACGAGUACGAAGAGUACCUCGAGUUAGAUGGAGCGGAUAAGAGAUGGUGGGAUUACCGUGCUUUGUUCCGUAACAAGGCAUCGAUAUAUCCCGUCAUCACCUACUUCAUGUCUGCUGUCCUUGAUACAGCAGGAUACAAAGGCACUGUUGCACAGCACAAUCUCAUCCUCAUUAACAACUGUCAGGGAUUCUCGCCUGGUCGAUUCUUGGUGCGAGCCUGGUCGACAAAUUUGGACGCCGCCCCUUGCUUCUCUUCUCCAAUAUAGGAUGCAGCCUCGCUUGGGUUGGCAUGACAGUUGCAACAUCUAAAUUCGCUAACGAGCAGAACCAAGCUGCUGGACAAGCUGCGCUCGGAAUGCUCUUCAUUUUCAACGCCGUUUACGCUGCGGGAUUCACACCACUGCAAGCGUUAGUACCCCGUUGAGGUACUAAGCUUCGAGAUGAGAGCCAAGGGAAUGGCAUUCAGUAGUCUUGCAACAGGCGCAGCUGGGCUACUGAACAAGUUUGCUUGGCCAGUGAGUAUCGAAAGAAUCGCCUGGAGGACCUACAUCAUUUUUGCGGUCUGGCACGCAAUACAAGCCAUUGUGAUUUACUUCACAAUAGUCGAAACGAAGAAUAGGACCCUUGAGGAACUGGAUGAGAUCUUCAAGGCUCCUAAUCCAGUCAUGGCCUCAAUAAAAAGGAAGAGUGUCGCUGGAGUGUUCCCUAAUUCCCUCGAAGCGCUCAUCCCCUGAGCCAGUACAGAGAUGCACAUGGAAUUUGUAUUCGAUGUGCAAAAAUUCAUCCCUUGAAAUAAGAGACGUUCUAGGCGAGAUUGCACUGGUGCUCAGGGGGGUUGAAUCGCCUCCGUAGCUAUUUUCCGCUUUUCGUAACAAAGCUUCAAGUUGAGGGCUUUGCAACGCAAAUUAGACAAUGUAUAAGGUAGUUCACCACUAAGCAAGCCAC